AUUCUCUGAUGUCGACAGAAGCAGAUUCAAAGAUGGCUGCACUUGAGAAAGGGGGCAAGGCUGAAGGAACAAAGAAGAGAAAUAAGCCUGACAAAUCUUCCACGAAAGAAGAAGAAAAAGAUGAACAAUUGGAGAGUGAGGAGGAGGAAGAGGAGGAAGAGGAGGAGAGGGUGGGAUUACUGGAAAGAAGUCCCAUCGUAGAAGGGAAAAGGGAAAAGAAAAAAGUGGAAAGACUGACUUUACAAGUGACGCCAUCUGCAAAAGAGACGUUUAGUAUUCCCGAAGGUAGAGGCACAAGGCUGGGAGAAAUUGAGAGGAUACAGUAUUUCAUGGGCAAAACUAAGGCCGAAGAUUUAAAAUCUCUUCACAAAAUCUUAUACAACAGGCCAGGUUCGCUUGCCUCAUUGAAAAGAAACAUUCGUCUGUUUACUGGGUUCUCAUUUGAAAGCGGCAGUGAGCAGCACAAGAAAAAAGAAGAGGUACUGAAAAAGAAUCCAAUUUCAGUACUAAAGGUGAUUUGUACUGUUCUGGACCUGGAGAGGAAAGGCACUAAAGAUGAAAUAGUAUCAAAAAUUUUGAACUUCCUGAUGAAACCCAAGGCAUCUGGCAAGUCAUUACCAAAGCCGAAAAAGAAACGUCAAAAGGGUGGAAAGAAAGAACACAGCAGCUCUGGGUCCAAGAAGAAAUCCAAGUCUGCAACCGUAGAAGAAAUUCUCACAGAUGAAUCCAGUAGUGAAGAAGAAAAGAAAGAAAAGGAAAAAUCUUCAGAUGAAAGUGAUGUGGAAGAAGAAGUGGAGCCACAGAAGAAAGUGUCUAAAAAAGAGAAAUCCACACAAAAAGUUGUGCCCAAAGGCAAGAAGGGACAAAUUACUAAAGCAACAAACGUGAAAAAAGCUGACAGCAGCACUGCAAAGAAAACUGCAGCUCCUGCCAAGAAGGACCUGGGAAGUGGCGUUAAAAAGGUGGCUUCGAUUGGGAGGCUAGCUGAGAAAAGUGAAUCUGAAGAUAGUUCGGAUGAUGAACCUCUGAUUAAGAAACUUAAAAAACCACCUACAGAUGAAGAAUUGAAGGGAACAGUCAUGAAAUUGUUAGUUGAUGCGAACUUGGAAGAAGUCACAAUGAAACAAAUCUGCAAAAAGGUUUUUGCCAGCUAUCCGGAUUAUGACCUGUCUGACAAAAAAGAUUUUGUCAAGAACACUGUGAAAGAGUUGAUUUCGUGAUGAAACUGCCCUAGCUCAAAGAAACCAGCAAAGGAGUGUGUUAAGAUGAUACCGCUACCAUGGUCCCAUGGAUUGAGAAAUGGGAUUGUUUAACACCAGCACAAAUAAGAGAAUGUAUUCCUUUGAAAGCCAGUGGGAUUUAUGUAGAAUCAGUCUUGUAUGCCAAUGUAAAUUGAAUAUCUUUCAACCUAUUGCUAUAGAUUUUACUUUUAAGGCUUAAGUUUUACUUUAUAGUACUCUACUAGCUUUUUAAAAUGUGUUUAUGAAAGUGUACAUUUGAAUCUAUUGAGCUGUGAAUAAAUUACCCAGUAAAUUCAUUACUUAUAAUUAUGGUUGUUAGGCAUGUCUCAUUUCUCACCAGCUAGAGUCCAGCUAAAUUAGUUGAAAAAUAUUUUAGCCUCAUCUUUAGCUUUAUGUUGCCACAUAUUUGCAUGUGUGCUGUAUCUUUCACUGUUUAGCAGUUUAAUUUUUAUCUUUGUGACUUUAAUUUGAUCUUUGUUUUGUAUUUAAAUGUCUUCAGAGCAAGGCCAUGGUUUUAAUCUUGUAAAAGGGGUAAGUUUUAUUGGAGAUGCAGUAUGUCUACUUCUGUAGGUCAGGUUCUUAUUUUAUAGAACUUAUUUUGAAGAUUGUUUGUGGAACAAUUUACCUGCCCCGGUUCCCCAAGAGAAAAUAAACUUUGUACACGAGUUAAAAGAAAA